AAAGAAAGGAAGGGGAAUAACUGCGUAAGGUGUAGAGGGAGACAAAAUUGAAAAUCAAGAUUGGUUGAGCAGAGAGAGACUUUGAAGUUGUUUCGUGUCGUGUGGCGUUUCUGGGAAUUAAGUGCUUUUCUUCUGCAACCACAGUCUCAUUCAUCAAUCAAUCGGCAUCCUCAUGUCUGACGCUUAUUGGAGAUACGCCGCCGAAUCCCGGCAGGCCCCCUCUUCCAUCGCCGGCAAGCGCUCUCGUUCCGACUACGAUGUUUCUGGCGUUCACGACUUGCCCGGUUACUUUCCCCAUGACGAUGAUAGAGGAGGGCUCCGAGUAAUUAGAGAUACUGAAUCCCUUGAUGCAUCUUAUGAGCGUUACCUCCGUAGUGCGCAAGUUUCAUCAUAUGGUUCGGGACAGUCUACUAGAACCAUUAGUGGGAGAAUUCCCAAUCGUGCUAUUGAUGAUUCACAUGUUGCAAAUAUUGGGGGAAUAGACAGAGGAACAAAUGCAAAAGACAAAAUGCUGGGAUUAAGUAGUGGAAGGACUGACCAUUCUCUUCCACCUGAUGCUACCAGUACACUGUUUGUGGAGGGCUUGCCUCCCAACUGUACAAGACGGGAAGUAGCUCAUAUUUUUCGACCUUUUGUUGGCUACAAAGAAGUCAGACUUGUUAGCAAGGAAUCGAGACAACCUGGGGGUGAUCCACUAGUACUUUGUUUUGUCGAUUUUUUGAGUCCUGCUCAUGCAGCAACUGCCAUGGAAGCAUUGCAGGGUUACAAAUUUGAUGAGCUUGACCGCAACUCUGUCAAUUUAAGGUUUCAAUUUGCUCGCUAUCCUGGUGCAAGGUCAGGUGGCGUGCAUCGUGGCAAGCGUUGAAUUAUGCACUCUACAGUUAAUCGUGCUGAAUCGUGAAACGGCAAUUCCAUGUAGGAUUCACUCACGUUGGCGAGGUUAUGAUUUUGAGAGGCAAGUGACCAGUGUUGCAGUCGAGAAUUACAGUUUCUUUCAUUAGGACCAAGUCGAACUUUGUGGUAUUCCUGUGGGGAGUGCUCGCUAGAGAUUCAGAUUGUGCAUGUUUGAGAAAAUUGUCUAAUUUAUUUAGGAUAAAUUAUAUUGUCUUGUUCGAAACAAAUUAUUUUUCGAAGGUGUUCAAAGCUCUUUAGAAUAUAUAUCUAAUAAUAAGAAGCAUGUUCUCCAUGCAUGUUUCUAAUUUAAAGUGAACCUUUUAGAUAUUAAAUGUUGUUAAUAGUUAAUUUUACUAGAUUACUAUAAUUAGACAAAUAUUGGUGCA